AUGGCUGCGAGAUUCGGCCACGAGGAAGGCGCGAGAUUACUGCUCAAAGGUACAGACGAGCAGAGGGCCAAUGUUGAGCUACCUGAAAAGGCUUACAGAUGGACGCCAUUGUUCAUUGCUUGUGUCGACCGUCAUCUUCCGGGCGUGGAACUGCUCAUCAACCAUGAAGCUGGUGCCCAGCGUCUGGAUCUGUCGGUCUGGAACGCAAAGGAGCACGCAGUUUUGAGAGGACAUAUCCACAUAGCACAGAAGCUUGACAGCGUUAUGCCUCAACCCGACACGCCGAUCCAGAUGUCUCCGUGGCCUCAACAUCUCCCCCAUUAUUCUCAUUGCUGA